AAACAUGCAUCGCGACCUGUGGUGUAUUUGGAAAAAUUUUCAUUUUGAAGUAGCAAGCGGCUGCAUUUGAUCACGGGCGUUUCUACUAUUCUGCAACUGAGCAAGCGCCGUAACUUUAAAGGCCAAUGUAUGCAGCCAUGGAUUCUGGAAACAGCACAUGUGAAUCAAUUGACGACUUCCGCAACAAGGUAUACUCAACUGUCUAUUCAAUUAUAACUGUCUUUGGCAUGGUGGGAAACGGCUUUGCCUUAUUCGUGCUGAUCCGGACCUCCAUCCAGCAGACUGCCUUUCACGUCUACAUGAUAAACCUGGCCGUAUCUGACCUGCUGUGUGUCACCACGCUACCUCUGCGUGUUUUGUACUAUGUAAGCAAAGGCCAUUGGUACCUUGGCGACUUCCUGUGCCGCAUCAGCUCCUACGCCCUCUACGUCAAUCUCUACUGCAGCAUCUUCUUCAUGAUGGCCAUGAGCUUCACCCGCUUUCUGGCCAUCGUCUUCCCGGUACAGAACCUCAAACUAGUCAACGAGCGCAAGGCUCGAUUCGUCUGUGCUAGCAUCUGGAUUUUCAUCUGUGUUGCCAGUUCACCCUUUCUCAUAAGUGGUACUUACACUGACCCGACUACCAACAAAACCAAGUGCUUUGAGCCACCAGAGCAGAAAGGGGGAUUACAAAAGUUGAAGAUGCUCAACUACAUUUCCUUAGCGGUGGGUUUUAUCAUUCCUUUCCUGGUUAUCCUCCUGUGUUACGCAGGGAUAAUCCGCACGUUGCUAACCAGCUCCACAAGCAUGAAUAAGCAGAGGCACACCCGCACCAAGGCUAUCCGCAUGAUUGUAAUCGUGAUGUUGGUCUUCCUGGUUAGCUUCAUGCCCUACCACAUCCAGCGUACUGUCCACCUGCACGCCAUGGGUCACAAGGACACCUCCUGUGAGGACAUAAUCUACAUGCAGAAGUCUGUGGUGGUCACCCUCUGCUUAGCGGCCUCCAACUCCUGCUUCGACCCCAUGCUCUACUUCUUCUCCGGGGAGAACUUCCGUCGCCGUGUCUCCACCUUUCGGAAGAACUCAGUAGUUAGUGCCACGCUGCACCGCCACAAGAUGGUUUGCGAGCCUGAAGUUCAUGAGGAGGAGCAGGACAAGCUGCAGGCUUGCAAUGGCCCACAGGGAAACUAGCGAAACAUCUCCGAUCUCUGAAGGUGAAUGGAAGCGAGAACAAAGGGGCUGUUCGUGUUGGAGGGCUGGGUCAUGUGAAGAAUUUAUCCAUGCUGGGAUUUUUUUUUUUUUUUUUUUUUUUGGCGACUGUAGAAUAUGCUGGAAAACUUUGAAAAUUCUCGGGAGAGCUGGAGAGUAGAUGAUGAAGUAACGACAAAGCACAUGAUGGUAGGCAUUGCAGGCAGAAGGCAGAAAUGCUGGGAGGAAAUGUGGGAGGAUUUCAGUUCAAACUGAAAAGCAGUGUCUCGCCGAAGUAUUGAAAUUGUAAGAUCACACACUUAGGGCAUAUAAAGCAGCUCUGCUAUGUGAUUGUUUUAGAAAUGGCAACUAACUCAGGAAACUGUCCUUAGCUUUGUUUAUGGUGUGGUCAUGUUUUCUCAGUGGUAAUUUGACUGUCAUGAACAAGAACCUUUUACUGAAAGGUUUCCAAUUUUAAGGGUUAUAUGUAUGUUAGCAUUGUUCACCUUGUAGCUUCUUUGGCGUUUAGAUGAAGAUUGCAAACAUUAUCACCUUGUGUAAAUGUAUGCAUGUAUAUUUAUCAAUACAUGGUGGAGUCGAUGUCAUCUAUUAAAAAAUUGUGUAUGAAUAUUAUUGUCAUAAAAUUAUAUAUAUUUAUGAAGUGAAUAUGAAUGAGUGAUCUCCUCAGCCAUGUUCAAAAUUGCAACUUGUCCAAUUAUUAUGUGGGAUUGUGGGAGUCAUUUAUGAAAGUACUGUCUGUCCUGCUGGUUUACCAGUGAUAUGAAGAGGAAUCAGAAAUGAAAAUGCUUAAUAUGGAAGCUUGCAAAAUAUAGUAAAUGAAAUUUCAAUGUUAUGUUUGUUGGCAACAUUUGUAUUUAAUGUGGGCAAUUUGUAUCAAAUUCAGGUAACCUGAAUGUUUACACAGAUGUGUUCAAUUUAAGGCAAAGUACUCUGAUUUUGGUUGUCUGAAAUGCUGUAUAAUUUGUUUUAGAGAAUUAACUUGAUGUAUAGAAGGAUGACCUUAGUGACUUUAUUUUCUCUUCAGCAAUGUUAUAUGCUUACUUUGUAUUCUGCUAAGCUUCCUGUUGCAUUUCUGAAACAGGGAAUUGACACUGAAACAGCUGCAGCUUGCCGGUAGUGACUCUGGGUUCACUUUUGUUGGAUGUGUUGAUGCGUCUGAGGUUCAUACCUGCCAGCAUGCAAUCAGAAUAUAAUUCAUGAACUGAACAGCUGCAACAGGAAACAUAGCGAGAGUACAGAUUUGGAUACGUGUGUGCAGCAUUUGCACAUGUCGUCUGGCUUCACCACAUUCCAGCACGAUAGGGAUAAUUAUCUUUACAAGGUGCCAUAUGCUUAUUUGGGUGCUAUUGUAGCUUAUUUCAGGGUUUCUCAGCCUGGAAGUCAGGAAACCCCUAACAGUCCACCUCUUUUGCACACUCCCAGCUCCCUGUAGCAAAAAUGAUGGACUGUCUGGGGAUCCCAGAGGACUGGCUUUGGUGUGUAGCACUGUUGCCUCAUACUGCUAGGAUCCAAGGUUUCAAUCUCAUCCUGCGUGUCAAAAGAUGUACAGUUAGAUGAACUGGUAUCACUAAGUGGUGUACAUAUGUGUGUGCAAGUAUACUGCAUAGGACCCUGUGAUGCUGACCACGAUACGCUGGUAGAAGAGGGAUGCUUUAUAAAUAAAUAAAAAGGUCAUAUCAACUCACUCAUCUUCAAAACGAUUUACAAACAUACAAACAGAAUGAUGACAUCCCAUCCAGGGUGUACCCCAGGCUUGUGCCCUGUGCUGGCUGGGAUAGCAGAUCAUAUGUAAAGACAAGCUACCUUCUUGUAGUUUGCCCUUCUACAUGCCUUCACCUGUUUCACAACAACAGCUUUCAAAAUGAGGAACCAAAAUGCAAAGAUACAUACAAUGAUGUUACAAAUUUUUGCUGCAGUAAUGUUUUUUUUGUCAUUGAUUGUGUAUGUUUUGUAAAAGUUUUUUGAUUAGCAACUUGUGGCAUACCAAUAAAACUGCUUUGAAUGA